AUCUUGGGCUUCUCAUAUUCAUUUGCAAGAGCUUUCUCUGCCUAUAUUUUUCAGCAAACCAAAACAGCUACAUGAUGUUUGAAUAUGCUGUGCUAUUUUUGUCCCUCAUUGUGCUCGGAAUUUCACUUGCCUUCAACUUCGUUAGUUUAUUGGGGACGAUGUGGAGUAUGAGGGAAUCUAUAAACGAUACAAUCAAUUUCAUGAUCAAAUUACCUAAUUGGUUAAACUACUAUAACAACUUGAAGAACGACACAAACACCCUCCAUAUGAAAACAACAAGAUUAACCCGAAAAGCCCAUGACAUCAGAUCAGAGGCAUCUGCUGCAGAGCAUCAGACCCUUCGCCAAGUGAAGGCAGAAGUACGAAAUUGGUUGGAAAACGUGCAGACUGUGGAUAACCAAGUUAAGGAUAUUCUGGAGCAGGCAGGAAGAGAUAUGAACAUUUUCGUAGAUUUCUUUUAUCGCGCUUGGUUAGGGAUCGUUCAUGUCGACAAGAAACUUCAGCAAGUAGAACAACUCUUGGAUACUGGAACGUCUUUACAGACUGCUCCCUUGAUAUCUAAUGUAAGACUGGAGCUUCCUUAUCUGACUUCCAACCUAAUAGGUAGCGAAGCAUUCGGUAAUAUCAAGAAAGUGUUGGAGUUUAUAAAAUCAGAUCGGAUAUCAUGUAUUGGUGUUCAUGGAGCACAAGGUACCGGCAAAACAGAAAUCGUUAAGCAUAUCUACAACCGAAUAUUAGUAAACACGAAUGUUUAUUAUGUACAAAUUAGGGAGAAUAUCACGAACCAUGAGUUGUCGAGCAUGAUUGCUCUAACACUUGGGUUAGAAUUAGCUGAAGAGGAUGAAGGUAGGCGGCCUGAUUUUUUAUACAGAGCUUUGAGAAGUAAAGGGAAAUUUGUUCUUAUACUAGAUGGUUUAAUAAGAGAUUUCAGAUUAAUUGAAGUAGGUAUCCCUGUGCAUUCAAAUGGGGGAAAAUUGAUUUUCACUACACGUUCACCAAAUGUUUUGCGAAGAAUGCAGUCACAAGAAACAAUCGAGCUGCAGCCGUUGUCAGAAGAUGAAGCACAUGAGCUGUUUCGAAAAGAGGUGCAGGUGAGUGAAUAUGACUCGGAAGAAAUGGAAGGCGUAGCACAUCGUAUCUUACAACAAUGUGGGAAUGUACCUGGCGUAAUUAUUCGUAUAGCAGAUAUGUUGAGAAGGGAACAUGAUAUACAUGUAUGGUGGAACACUUUGAAUGAACUGCAACAACACUUGUAGUUGCUUAAGCCUAAAUACUCUAUUUUUAGAAACUUAUUCCAUCCAAAACUCUGUGUAAUCAGAUGGUUUCUAAAUUUAGAAAUGAUAGAAGGUAGUAUGAAGCUGCUACAGAAUAAAGCAGACUAAUCGACUAGCAAAUGAAUACUUGCAGCUGUAGUGUGUCUGUUUCAGUGUGUUUUCUUUGUUGAUGUUGAGCAGACUAGUAAACAAUAUUUUUACGUAGGGUUGAAAACAUAAUACUAUGAGCUAAAAAAAUCUAUACUGAGCCGAUUCGACUACUAUUCUUAUGUUUUGUGUGUGGCACAAUUUAACAUGAAGUUUUUGGAUAACAUGGCUCUGAUCAUGGCCUAAAUAAUCCCAAAACCAAAUCUCACCUUAUAAGUCCCCUUAAUUUUAUAUCUCGUCGUCAUUUUUGUCUUUGAGAACCAUAAAAUGAUGAGAUACUCUUGUGCGAGACCUCUCGGUGAGACGACAUCAAAACAAAAAGUUCAUCUGAUAUUAAUAGGUGUUAUUGGGCUAUUAAACCUAUGUAUAAAGCACGUCUUACGGAAAUACCGUCUCAUAUAAGAAUUUGAGUGGAAUAAUAGUGUGUCAUAAUGUAUAAUUUCCACCAUCUAAAUAUUAUUAGUAGGGUUGAUAAGGUUGUGACUUGUGAGUAGCCCUAUGUGCGUGACAGGCCAUAUACAGACUUGCUUGAACGGGCCGGGCCCAUUAAGCACGACCUGAUAAAUGAAAAUUACUUUGCUCUUGGUAUGAUCUUAUAAAUUUGUAAUGCAACUUUUUCCUAAUAUAUGAAAUUUCAAAUUGGGUUUAAUUUAAUUUUUUAUUUGUACUUUUUAAAGAAUAUUUAUAAGGUAAUUUAAUCAAUCUCAAUGCUAAUAUAUGUAGAGCA